CACUACCGUGUAGUGGCAGCAUUGAUUUUUGACAAUUGUUACUCAUGACAAACUUCAUUGUAUUUGAAUUCAAAAUAAUGUUUUCAUUUUCGCGAUCCGUUCUAACCUGAUUCAACGUUAAUUUUGUUUAUCUAUGUACUGCCGUUUGCAGACAAAUUUAUUCGACAAACGUGGAAUAAUUUUAUAAAGUACCAAUUCGUAUCUUACGAUUCAUCAAUGAAGAGAACACGGUCUAAUUCGAAGACAAAGUCGAAGAAGGAAGAAUGCAAAAGUGAUUCGAUUAAAAAUCAAAUUGAAAUAAAUCCUGAGGGCGAUGAAUAUUUAAUACAAGCUAAGAAUCUUCAAAAUCAAAUGUUGAACAAUACAUUGAAACCUGAAGAUAAAUCUAUUAAUAAUAUGAAGCCUUUUAGUGAACCUACUUUAGAAGAUAUCGUCAAUCCUGAACUCAAAAAGAAAAGUAAACUUAAUUUUAAAAAUCUAAAAGAACGAAUAACAGGAAGGAAUGAAGAAUUGAAACCAAACACAGUUCCUCCAAAAAAUAAACCUAGAGCUGUUGUAGAUCUAAAAUUGAUGAAAGAGGAACUAAAACAAUUAGAAGAUCCUCCAUCAACUGAUUGGGAAAAAGAAGUGUGUGCUAAUAGACUGCCGUUUUCAUUCUUUGAUUCUCCCUGUGAAGAAUUAGCGCAAAAUUUAUUAGGGAAAAUAUUGGUACGUUGUUUAGAAAAUGGAACCAUUCUAAAGGGUAGAAUUGUUGAAACAGAGAGUUAUUUAGGUGCCAUAGACAAAGCAUCACACACAUAUCAGAAUAAAGUUACUCCUCGAAAUAUACCAAUGUACAUGCCACCUGGUACUAUCUAUGUAUAUUUUACAUAUGGCAUGUAUCAUUGUUUCAAUAUAUCUAGUCAAGGUGAAGGAUGUGCUGUUUUGAUAAGGGCUGUUGAACCCUUAGAAGGUAUCGAAUGCAUGGCUAGUCAACGGACAUCAAAGGGAACAUCAGUUGUGCCUAAAAAGCCUUUGAAAGACUUAAAAACACAUGAAUUAUGCAACGGCCCGUCAAAGCUGUGCAUGGCGUUUCAACUUCAUAAAAAGCAUUGUAAAUACUCAAUGUGUUCUUGGAAAGGUUUAUGGCUUGAAAAUGAUAACGUGAAUAUGGAAAUCAAAAUUGUGAAAUGCCCUCGAGUAGGUAUAGAUGGUUAUGGAGAAUGGUCAGAUAAACCGUUACGGUAUUAUAUACACGGUAACAAAGCCGUGAGUAAACGAAAUAAGAAGGUUGAAUUAUCAUUAGGAAUGAACUAAAUUAUUGGUUAAUAAAUUUUUUAAAUUCCUUAUGUAUAUCUUAAACACAACAUGUUUAUGCAUCUGCACGAAAAAAAUUGUGAAAUUUACAUGGUAUAUUACCUUAAAGAUUUUUAAUAUUAAAUUUAUAAAUUAUAAUACAUAUAAAAUAAAUAGCUAUCACACAUUUGAAACGAUAUGAUACAUGUCCUGUUUGUUACAAAUAAUAAUUUUGAUAAAUAAGUGUAGCAUACAAAAUGAGUUAUUAUUUGUUCAAAUAUUUUACAGAUAAAUGGUAUUUAUUAUUUAUGCCCAUUCUUUCAUUACUCUUUCAUAAUCUUCCUCUUCAAUGAAUGGCUUAUCUAUGGACCUGUAAAGUAAAUUUUAUUGUUUCAUUAUGAUAGAUCAGAAAUAAAGUAAUACAUAUAGAAUCCUAGAAGAAAGAAGGGCCGCGCCUGUAAAACUCUUCCUAGCUUCCUAAUGCUAAUUACAGGAUCUUAAAUAUUAGAAUAACUUACUCUAUCAUAAGUUCUCCACAGUAUAAACAUUCAGAUGCCACUAAAUCAUCAAUAUCAGCCUUAAUUUGAUCUUUCUUUGAUAAAGGUACAGAGCUAAUUGAGGUAGUAUCUUCAGGUCUAUUUGAAAGAGCAGUAAGUUGUCGUUGAAGAUCAGCUAACUUUGUUCUUUGAUCCAUUGAUAGCAUAGGUGUCAGUGCAGCUACCAGGCAAUCACUAUGAAAUCUAUGUCCACAUGGGAAUACAUAAAAAGGUCGCAACAGCAACUGAACAUCACAAGUGUCACAUGUGUCCUUUGCAUGUACAAAUGUACACCUAAAGAAACAUUUAUUAUGUUAUGAUAUUACAUGUCAUAUCAUUUUUAGUCCGACUACCUUGUUCUAAAUUCCUGUAUAUCCUUCCUGAUAAGUUCAGCUGCUUUCGUUGCUUCUUGCAUUUCUUCUUUGAGAUCUUGGAUAUGCUGAUUAUAUUCCUGUUAUUUAUAAUUAAAAUACAGAAUAAUUGUUAUACAUACAUUUAAGAAGGUACACAAUAAUACAUAACAUGUAAAAUUAUUUCACCUGCAAUGAGUUACAAAUAGCUUCUUUAAAGUGAUAUAUAGUAACAAAGUCCGAAAAGAAUGGUAAUAUAUCUUCUAUUCUGACUAAAUCACAAUUUUGUAAAAAUAUCAUUGCUUCUUUUAUAUCAUCUUUCUCGCGAACCACGUGUUCAGCUAAAAUUUAAAUAAAUGAGAAUUGAUAUCAACUAAAAGGUUUUAUAUUUAAUUGUUAACAGUUACCGAUUUUUAACCACAAUUUUUUUCUUAAUUCAUCGUCGUGAUCAGUAGGCAUGGCAGCUAUUUGUUUUGCAAGAUCAACGCUAAUCGUCAAAGCUAAGUCUACUGCUCUUGUCCAGAGUCCCAGCAAAGCGGACAAUUGUACACAAGCUUCGGUUAAACCAGCUUCUUGGCAUAAACGUAAUGCAUAGUGAACAUCAUAAUGUACCAUGUUUAUAUCUUGUCCUAUAAACAAGUGAAACACUUUGAUAAAACAUGACACCAUGAGAAUAUUUCACACUGAAAACUGUACUCCAUAAAUUACCUUGAGAACUAAUAUAACGCAUAACUUCAUCUUUUUUAUAACGAACAUACAGUGACAAUAAGAAAUUGUGAACUGCCUGUUCCUGACAGCCUAGUUUAUAUACGCAAAACUCCAGAUACCUAAUUAUUUCUUU